AUGUUGCUCAAUGAUGAUGAUAGGCAAAAAUUGUCGGUGGUGCGAUCGCGAGUUCGAAACGUCUUCGCCGCCGUUGCUGUGGUUCGUUUCCGGUCGCCGGUGGCCGCCGGCGAAACCGAGCCAGCAACCGUGAACCGGAGCAAAAUCCCGCAAAUGACGCAGAUCGCAAGCAUUACCACAGCGACGAUCGUGAUUGAUCGUAAAGUGGAAAAACGUAGAGCAACCACCCGUGCCGGAACGAUGUGGAACAGUGGGGACGGGUUGGACGGUACGGCGGGGCACGCGGUGGCGGCAGCGAUGAGAAGACGAAGAAGGCAGAAUAGUCGGCGGUUGCAUCAGUGGACGGUGCUAUCCGCCGCCACCAUGAUCCUGCUGUUGCUACCGAGCAUUAGCGAUCGGAGCUCUGCCAAAGCAUCGACGAUUCACCGACAUACGGCCGAUGAUAACGAUACGUCGUCAAUGGUUCAGCAGGCGAAGGAUCAACAACCGACGAACGGGAAGCAUUCCAACUCGAACGAGAACUUUCCCCCGGCGGCGAACGCCAACGGUGGUGGUGCCCUGGCGCCGGCCUCCCUCCAGGCAGCAUCGCCCCAAACGAUGACACUGACGGCGGAUAAAAAUAAAACCAAGCUACUCAAAUGUCACUGUGACAUUUGCAAGGAUGAAAACUUCGUGUGCGAAACGGACGGCCUUUGCUUUACCUCUCUCACGCGCGAAGCGAACGGUUCACUCAAAUACUCCUACAGGUGCUUCGAUCUGAAGGACCAUCUCGGUCCAUUUACCUGGAACUGGUGCCGUAAUAAGACGGAUGGUACGCCAAACGAUCACUACUGUUGCUACGGACCCGACUUGUGUAAUUUGUCUCUCAAACCCGCGACGCCAAUGGUGGAAGCCCAAGAGGACGAAAAGCUAUCACGCUCGGUAUUCAUCACACUGACAGUGAUCAUAAUCUUGCUGUUGGUCGUGUUUGUCACCUUCCUGAUCUUCUACGGACGCCGCAAGCGUAACAGUGGCGCACGGCAAAUUCUGCCAGAAGAUUCGGUGUGCGGUGCAAGCUAUCCGAUCCUGAACGGGCAUACCACCAUACAGGAUUUCAUUGAGAUGACCACAUCCGGAUCGGGCUCUGCUGGACUCCCAUUGUUGGUGCAGCGCUCAAUCGCUCGCCAGAUACAGCUGGUCGAGGUGAUCGGCAAGGGGCGCUUCGGUGAGGUGUGGCGCGGUAGAUGGCGUGGCGAGAAUGUGGCCGUGAAAAUAUUCUCCAGCCGUGAGGAAUGCUCCUGGUUCCGGGAAGCCGAAAUCUAUCAGACCAUCAUGUUGCGCCAUGAGAACAUUCUUGGCUUUAUCGCUGCUGAUAACAAAGAUAAUGGCACCUGGACACAGUUGUGGCUGGUAACGGAUUAUCAUGAGAAUGGUUCACUGUUCGAUUUCCUCACCGCACGCUGCGUCGAUCCGGACACGAUGCUGGAAAUGGCGUACUCGAUAGCGACCGGACUGGCCCAUCUGCACAUGGAUAUUGUCGGGACGCGCGGUAAACCCGCGAUCGCUCAUCGUGAUCUAAAGUCGAAGAACAUUCUGGUCAAAUCGAACCUCACGUGCUGCAUCGGAGAUCUCGGGCUGGCGGUGCGUCACAUUGUGGCCACCGAUACGGUUGAUAUACCGUCGACGCAUCGUGUCGGUACCAAGCGCUACAUGGCGCCGGAAGUGCUGGACGAAACGAUCAAUGUGUAUCAGUUCGAUUCGUUCAAGCGGGCGGACGUGUACGCCCUGGGGUUGGUACUGUGGGAGAUCGCCCGGCGGUGUAAUGUCGACGGCAUCUACGACGAGUAUCAGCUGCCUUUCUACGAUGUGGUGCAACCAGAUCCCACCAUUGAAGAAAUGCGAAAGGUAGUCUGUGUGGAUCAGCAACGUCCUAGCAUACCCAGCCGAUGGAUUGCCUGCGAAACACUGCACGCAAUCUCGAAGGUGAUGAAGGAAUGCUGGUAUCAGCAUCCAGCCGCCCGUCUAUCAGCCCUCAGGAUCAAGAAAACGUUGGCGAAUCUGCGCUAA